UUCUGCUGGAGUUCCUCUUCCAUUUUUUUGUUUUGAUUACUUGAGCUGUAGUUCUACAACAUCCCAGUUAUGCAUAGUUUUACCUUUAGUUACUGCUCAUCACUAAAUUUAUAGAAACGUGACCAUAUCGAGGUGCAUAACAUUGCCAUUCAGGCUGCAUAUGAGACUUAAAUAUUUAGUUUAACAUUAAGCAGACAUUAGCGUCGGUCCGAUUUGGUCUUACACUUUGGUGCUGAGUUUGGGAAACACCUACUCCUUUAUUGACCUGCUCAAAAUACAGUUGUAUGCUUAUGCUUGUAUGACCAAGUUAAUACAGAGGUGGUAGCAUAUAAAGUAAUAACUCCAUUGGCCAUGGGUUCUUUUUUGUUUCAUCCAAAAUCUGUAAGCCAUUCUCCUCAUGCUCUUCUUUCUACAGCCUGACUCACUUAAUCUCCUUGUGUGACACAGGCCUGAUGAAGCAGAUCUAUCCAUCUGAUAGGAUAAAGGUGUCAGGCACAGACACUGGGCAAAUCUUCUUCCCAAGAUGUCCCUACUGGGUUAGGACCUCUAAUAAUGUCUGCUGACAUUGACUUGUGAAUUACUUAUUUCUUUUCUCACAUAAUAACAUUUUCCCUGCAGAUAAGAUGGUGAGGUUGGUAAUACGGUGCUGUAGUUUCUCCGCUUGUGCUGCAACAAAAGUCUCACAGAGAACUGACCCAUGGCCUAAUCUGAACAACACUUUCUUUGUUUUAAGCCUCACGGGAAUUCAAUUAUUUCUAUGUGACAUUUACUGAGAACUCCAAGCCAUUGUAAUGAUUAGAUUCUUUUUUAGAUUUUUGUGGUUACAUAAUUCAGCAAGUCCUCACAAUUGAACAUAGUUUUCAUUUGGCUGACUUGCUCUUUGUCCAUCUGUUGUGCACAUUGCUGUCUCAAUUUAUGCAAAUCCAGGAAAAGUGCAAAGUUUAAACAGAACUUGCAUACAGAAGGGUUCCUAGCCUCAGCAUGGCAUAGGUGAGACUAACUGAACAAUGUAUGCUCAAAAUAUAGUUUUGGUGCAUCAGCACCUUAGUCAGGGGAUAUUGGCUUUAUAAAAAUAGAAUAAUACAUUGCAUUGAUCAAAACAAGGAUGUAUUAAGUACAAUGAAUAGCUGUUGCUAUAUCAGCUCAAAUGUAUGGCUUGAUCCCAUUACUUCUUUAGGUUCCAUAUCUCAAUUCGCACCUUUGUCCUAGAACAUGUACCUAGAGUACUACGGGGGUGUAGAUCCUACACAUUUAGGAACUGACUGCAGAGCCUGCAUUCUGUUUCUUGCUUGUCACUUUUUAUAUUAAAUUAUUUGUUUGCAGCAUUCUAUCUACAUUUAAAACAUGAAGAGGACUAGAAAACAUUACUCUGGUUAAAUCAUUAAUGCUAUUUUAUACUUGCAAAACAGAUGGCCACAUUCAUACCAGAUUUUCAUACAGUUUGACCAAAUUACAGUAAUUAUGUAUGUUAUUUGGGUUUGUGUGUGGGCCAACUGAGUCAUAAUGCCACCCACACACCUAUCUGACCAAUCAGUUCUAUUUGGCUGUGCAUUUUCCCUGCUACUCUGCUUUAUGUAGACAUUAGGUUGUUAACAAUAAAAAAAGUGGUGCUUUUUGACUAAUAUCCAUCACAAUUCCUUGUAUUUUAUCUUGUCUGAUAUGCAUUAGUUAAUAAACUAUUGUCAUGUAGGGUAUGUAAAAUAUACAAUAUGUCCCAAAAACCCAAACUCUAUUACUUAAAUGGAAGAGGCAAAAUGGAAUCUAUACGCUGGCUUCUAGCAGCAGCUGGGGUUGAGUUUGAGGAAGAGUUUUUAAAAACCAGAGAACAGUUUGAAGCAUUAGUUCAAGAUGGUUUAAGUUUACGGUUUGAACAGAUUCCUCUGGUUCAAAUGGAUGGGAUGAAUCUGAGACAAACUAAAGGCAUUUUAUCUUACAUUGCUGGAAAAUACAACAUGUACAGAAAGUACCUGAAUGUGAGACUUUUUAUUGACAUGUAUGUAGAUGGCAUACGUGACCUUUUGACUAUGUGUAUGGUCUUCAUUGUCAAUGCUGGCAAGGACAAACAAAAAGCAAAUAUUAAGGAAAAAGCAACAAAUAGAUAUUUUCCACAAUAUGAAAAGGUAAGAAUAUAGUUUUAUCUUUUCAGUAAUUCUUGUUCAACAUGGUCAUUUCUGCAGUGGCUUUGGAACAUGAACUCAACUGCAAAAGUCAAAGGAAGUAUGUAAAUAUUUUCUCUUAUCACUAGGAUAAUUGUUUACUAUAUAUCAACAUCUACCUGGACUACUUGGGACAUUCCAUAAUCCAAUAAAUAUUAGUUUUGCUUCCAUAAUGUAAUGUCUUUAAAGGGGCUGUUUACCUUCCAAACACUUUUUUAGUUGAAUUGUUUUCAGAUUGUUCUCCAGAAAUAAACA